AUGAUGCCGCUUUGUUGGUCGCCAGGUAUUUAUUGUAUUUUGCAAACUUCCAGGUCGAAAGAGGUAUUAUACUUUAAAUUUUCACACUAUCAUCAUAAAGUAAGAUCAGAUAACGUCAGGCCAGGACUCGAAUCCACCUCACGUCUUGGCACUGAGGAGUUCCCUGUCGAACUUUGCAGGACGAAAUUAUUUUACACAAUGUCGGGCCUCGAAGGUCUCGGUAUUGUAGCCAACGUGAUCGCCGUCGCCGAGCUUUCCCUCAAGGUCAUUGCAUGGUGUUCCAAGUACGCCCAAGACGCCAAAAGCUCGCAUGAUGACCGCGCCCGACUCCUACAGGCUGCCAUAAUGUUGCACUAUGAGUCUGAUAAGGUCCACGAGCUGCUCUCUUCCAAGAAAGGUUCCAAGCUACGAGCCGCUCAAAAACUUUACUCUGUUGCAAUAGGCAGCAGCGAGGCCCAACUGCGCGAGUUGGAACUCCAGCUCUCGCAGAAAGGCAAUCGUCGCACAAGCCUCAGAUGGCCUCUGCAGAAGGGGACAGUCGAGGCAGCUAUCCAGCACAUUGAGAAGUCUACCAAGACUAUGCUAGAAAUACUCCAGAUCGACAUGGCGGAACUUCUCGUCGGCAUGGACGACAGAGCUGAAGCUGAAGAGAAAAGAGCAACCAUUGAUCAGCUACCAUACGUCGGUGACGCAGUCUGGAACUCGCACACCGAAGACCGGAAUGCCAAAUGUCUACCAAACACUCGAGAGAAACUUCUUGAAGAGGUUGAGGUCUGGAUCAAGGAUACGACUCAACAAUCCAAAGCAGUCUUCUGGCUGAACGGCAUGGCUGGUACUGGCAAAUCCACUAUUUCACGCACAAUUUCGCAGCUUCUGGCUCAAGAUGGACGACUAGGGGCUACCUUCUUCUUCAAACGUGGAGAAGCCGAUCGAGGUGGUAUCUCGAAAAUGAUGCCGACGAUUGCACGCCAACUUGCGAUGAAUCAGCCUUUAUUAAGUCCGCAUAUUCACGCGGCCAUCCGGAAUGACCCUGAUGUCGCGAGCAAACCUGUGACGGAGCAAUUCAAUGCCCUCAUUUUCAAGCCUUUGCUGCAGAGUUCAGGCCAGUUCUCAAGCAAUAGCUCCAUCGCAAUUGUUAUUGAUGCAUUGGACGAAUGUGACUUGGAUACAGACAUUAGGCUUGUCGUAAAUCUGCUCUCUACUGUCAACGCAAUACAUUGCCCCCGACCUCGAGUAUUUAUCACGAGCCGUCCAGACCUUCCCGUCCGACUUGGGUUCAAAGACGUCGAAGGGUCUUAUCGAGACUUGAUCCUUCAUGAUAUAUCUGCCUCGGUCAUCGAACAGGAUAUAACUACCUUUUUCCGUCACAAAAUGAAACUGAUUCGAGAAGAUUGGAAUGCUUCUGUUGGAGAAAAUCGGAAAUUGCCACAGGACUGGCCUGGAAGCGAGUAUCUACGGUCACUCGUAGACAAGGCGAUCCCUCUUUUCAUCUUCGCUGCAACUGCAUGUCGAUUCAUCAGUGAGCGCCAGCUAGGAAGUCCUGAGAAGCAACUUCGCAGGUUUCUUGAGUAUCAAACCGAAGGUACCACAUCACAGCUGGACUUUACCUACAGGCCAGUCUUGGCACAGUUGUUUAGCUCAAACUGUUCAAAGUCCAGUGAGGGUCGGAUAAUUCUGGAGUUCCGGCGUGUUGUCGGUACUAUCAUCAACCUUUUUGAUCCUUUAUCGACAACAGCGCUUUCUCGUCUCUUGGAUGUUGACCAAGAUUUCAUCUACAGUAAGCUGGAUCUUCUUCACUCUGUCCUCGAUGUUCCUCACUCUCCGGAUUCACCAGUCCGAAUGCUCCAUCUAUCCUUUCGCGACUAUUUGAUGAGUCCCGAAACCCAAGAGCACAAGUUCUGGAUAGAUGAGAAAGCCUCGGCAAGGAAUUUAGCCAAAGACUGUCUCCGCGUAAUGGAAACUCUACAACCCGAUAUCUGCCAUUUGAAGAUGCCUGGAACACCUCGUUCAACACUGAAACCCGAGUUCAUAAACGCAUGUAUACCCCAUGAGGUUCAGUACGCAUGCUUGUAUUGGGUAAACCACCAAGUGGUAGCGGGACUUGGGCCUAAUGAUGCUACAAGAAUCUUCAAGUUUCUGAAACGACAUCUUCUUCAUUGGGUCGAAGCUAUGAGCCUGCUAGGUAGAACUUUCCAGAUCACUAAUCUUAUGAGAGAAUUGCAAUCUGCCAUUCCCAUUGAGUCAACGGGUGACGAAACAGAUUUAACCAACUUCCUGAAUGACGCGAUGAGAUUCCUUGAUAUGGACAUUCAAACUGUCAACUUGGCACCCUUACAGAUUUAUUGCUCUCUCUUAGUGCUAGCACCCAGUAAUAGCCCCGUUGAACAAAUGUUUGCCGCCGAGGCUCCAGCCUGGGUGACUUUGCUGAGUGGACAAGUAACUGACUGGGACUCGCGGCUACGUUUGUUGGGGAAUACUUAUGAUCCCUUGAGCGACGAAAGCUCUAUGAAGUUCCUGCCGGACUCUAAAUCAUUAUGUUUCAUCUCGGAGCUCGUGAAAUGGACCCCUAGAAGCAGAAUGGAGUUUUCGUUAGGGGAUCCCAAAGUUCUCAUCAUCUGGAACCCUGAUAGUACCUAUGUUUGGUAUCUCGAGGCAAGCAAAGUCGAUGAGGGUCUCGCGAUACAACUACGGAAGGCUUUUGGUCACUCUUUCAUCAGACGGCCUAUGGCUCGUUGUAUGGGAUAUUUCGGAGCGCAAAUUGCUAUGGAAAUUGCCGGAGGACAUAACGAUAAAGAGAAGAUGGUCGGUAACAUUUUCACCAGAAUCAACUUUCCUAGCGGCGGGAAGUUCCAAUACGCCAAUUCGGAUUUGGGACAUGAGAGAUGGCAAAUGCUUCAAGAUCCUGGCCUCACCUCAGUCUGA